CUUUCCUACGUCUUCUGAUUGGCAACUGCAGCUCUGAGUUCUACCGAGUCAAAACCUAGUACUAAAACAUAAGCCAUCUAUAUGCAUGCUUCCUGGAACUACGGUGCCGCGUCCAGCCUUCGCACUUUAGCAUAACGGCUGUAUUGACUUUUCGGGUUAUUCCUCAAUAGUAUCUCCAAAACAUCAAAUUGAAGAAUAAUUUACUCCUGUACAGGGCCGCAUAGUGUAACGCUCUCAUCACCAUUGCCGAAAGCCGCGAUAAAGAAGCCCACAUGAAGGAAAUACCAGUCAGUUCUUAAAGCCGGGAUUCUCCAUGCUCACCGCAACUCCUAGAAAGUUGAAUCGCGCAUGCAGUUUUCAGAUGUGAUCUUACAGUCUUUGUCGACCGUCCAAUAUGUUCUGCUUAAGCUUUUUUGCAAUCUUGAAACCCUGCCUCGCUCGACCAACCACUAAAACCACGUCAAGGAGAAUUGAACCUACAAUCACAACUGCAUCUGGGUAUGCAAAUAUCGAUCCAAUGAUUCAGACAUCCUUACAAGAUGGAAGAAAACUCCUUAACGUUGUCAAAGCCGAAACCGAAUUCGGUAUAUCCUUUUUUGAAGCCUAUCGCGGACUUGUCAUAAACGAGUAUGGGCCAUACUUGCUAUUUUCAGCUCGCCUUCGAAAAAGCCCUGGGAAGAGUCAUAUUAUUUCCUGUCCUCUCAACGUUCAAGCCGGAAAUCUCGAACCACUCGAUCAAUCUAUACUGCAGCUUAAUCUUGAUAACGCCCGGUCUAUGGUACCAGAGUCAGCCUGGAGGAUCCUCAGGGUGAAACCAAGUGAUGGGCUCUUGAUUUGUCAGUCUGAGCAAGGAUCAAACUCAGAUUGCAUAUGUAGAUGCCAUGUACCUAGUCGCUGAUAGUCUUCACCCCUUUUUUUUUGAAAAGUAUAAUGGUGCUUGCUUUUGUCGGGAAUUAUACAGUGU